AUCAGAACAAACGAAAGAAGAUUGUUCUGCGAGAGAUGAAACUGAGACCAGCAAGCAUAUGGGGCCUGUGUCGAACCAGGAUUUUGGCCCCAGAACUGCCUUUUCUGUGGUGGAAAUGCGCAGAACACUUCGAGAAUUCGCACCGGGCCAGGAACCCACUCCCGAACCAUGUUGGUGAAAAAGGGCUAUAAGUGCAGCCGCAGUGUCAACUGAGAAAAGGAACAUUAAACCAAAGCGAAUGUCUAUGACUCUCUGACACUUAGAAUGAAAUCUGCUUGACUUGCAACUGAAGAUGGAGUUUAUUAAAGAAGAGUUCAAAGAGGAGAGUGAAGACAUCAGUAUUUCAGAACCAUUCAGACUGAAGAAUGAAGAUACUGAGGAACAAAGAGACCUGAUGCAGCUGAAAGAGGAAAGUGAAGGACCGAAUGAAGUGGAGGAGAAUCACCAGUAUCAGAAACCUACUAAAUUUGUAACUGGAGAAAAAUCUUAUAGUUGCUCCCAGACUGAAAAGAAACACUCACAUAAAAAAACUCGAAUUAAAAAAAAAGAAAAUUCUUUCACCUGCCCUCAGUGUGGAAAGAAUUUCACAAAUAAAGUAGCCCUUCAAAGGCACAUAAGAAUUCAUACUGGAGAGAAACCUUUCACAUGCCCUCAGUGUGGAAAAAGUUUCUUUGUAAAAGGAAGCCUUCAAAGGCACAUGAGAAUUCACACUGGAGAGAAGCCUUAUUCAUGCCAUCAGUGUGAAAAGAGUUUCACACAUAAAGGAGGUCUUAAAGUCCACUUAAGAAUUCACUCUGGAGAGAAACCUUACACGUGCCAUCAGUGUGGAAAGAGUUUUCGACAUAAAGGAAGUCUUAAUAUCCACAUAAGGACUCAUACUGUAGGGAAGCCUUUCACAUGCCUCCAGUGUGAUAAGAGUUUCACAGAGAAAGGAAGUCUUAAAGUCCACUUAAGAAUUCACUCUGGAGAGAAACCUUACACAUGCCAUCAGUGUGAAAAGAGUUACACACAUAAAGCAAGUCUUAAUAUCCACAUAAGGACUCACAAUGUAGAGAAGCCUUACACAUGCCUUCAGUGUGAAAAGAGUUUUAGACAUAAAGUCAGUCUUAAAGUCCACAUAAGAAUUCACACUGGAGAGAAGCCUUACAAAUGCCAUCAGUGUGAAAAGAGUUUCACACAUGAAAAAAUUUAUAAGGAGCACAUGAGAAUUCACACUGGAGAGACUCCAUACAAAUGUCAUGAGUGUGGAAAGAGUUUAACAGACAAAAGUGCCCUUAAUUAUCACAUGAGCAUUCACACCGGAGAAAGGCCUUUCAUAUGCCCUCAGUGUGGGAAGAGCUUCAUCAACAAAUAUUCACUGAAGUAUCACAUCAGAAUUCACACUGGAGAAAAGCCUUAUACCUGCAAUCUAUGUGAAAAGAGUUUCACACAUAGAGGAAGUCUGAGUUGCCACUUAAAAACUCACACUGGAGCGAAGGCUUUCAAAUGCCUUCAGUGUGGAAAGAGUUUCGCAGGAAAAACAAAGCUAAGAGCUCAUAUGAAAUGUCAUUCAAGAGAGAAGUUACUCCAUUGUUCUAAAGACUAAGAGUGAUAUGGUGAUAACUCUUAUAGGAUGGAUGAAAUAAAGACAAAAAAUGAUUUUGGUCAUAUCAGUAUGCUUAUUUUGAGAGACAUUAUAAGGAUGAGACUUGUCCUUCCUAUACAUAGGAAUGGAGAAAUCAUAUGGCAACUGGUGGAAAUACAGUUCAAAGAGUAAAUCAUCUUAAGUAAUUUUCUGUCAGUGUACUUGAAUGUCUAUGUGCAUUAG